UUUCCGGUCCAGUAAAAUGCUUAUUUGGGCAAGCUACGCCAGUCACUGGCGGCUCAUUAACAUAAUAUUUUCAUAAAUACAGUCGCGAGUUCAUUGCGACGGGUUCAGCAGAUAAACCACAUUAAUUGACAAGGGCGUGCUCAUUAACAUAAUCUAUUCAAUUUCACCGCUGGGGGAGGGGAUUGUGUGACCCCGUAAAGUGACGUCAUGUCACCUACUGCUGCCGCAUGACGUCACGAGUUGCCGGAAAGCUGCUGUUCCGCGCGCGUGCUCGCAGAUGUCCGAGCUGUCACUUCCUCUGCAGAAUAGUUCUGAUGGAGCAAAGGCGCUCAGCACAGCUCGGUGCAAAAAGGAAACAAUGUGACCAGUGUGCAUAUAGCACGGAUCGUCCUGUACGCUUGACACAGCACCAGAGAACUCACACAGGAGAGAAACCCUUCAAGUGCACUUUGUGUGAAAAGGGAUUUGCAUGGCCAUCAGUUCUUCAGAGCCACCAGAGAACACACACGGGAGAGAAACCCUUCAGGUGCACUCUGUGUGGGAAGGCGUUUGCACAAUCACCACAUCUUCAAAUACACCAGAGAACACACACGGGAGAGAAACCCUUCAAGUGCAGUGUGUGUGGGAAGGCAUUUUCAGAUUCAUCUGCUCUUAAAAAACACCAGAGAACACACACAGGAGAGAAACCCUUCAAGUGCAGUGUGUGUGGGAAGGCGUUUUCACAGUCAUCUGGUCUUGUAUUGCACCAGAGAACACACACGGGAGAGAAACCCUUCAGGUGUACUUUGUGCGGGAAGGCGUUUGCAGUGUCAUCACAUCUUAAACAACACCAGAGAACACACACAAAAGAGAAACCUUUCAAGUGCACUGUCUGUGAGAAGGCAUUUGCAUGGUUAUCAGGUCUUAAUUUGACACAGCACAAGAGAACUCACACAGGAGAGAAACCCUUCAAGUGCACUGUGUGUGACAAGGCAUUUGCACGGUCAUCAGUUCUUCAGAACCACCAGAGAACACACACGGGAGAGAAACCCUUCAGGUGCACUCUGUGCGGGAAGGUGUUUGCACAGCAACCACAUCUUCAAACACACCAGAGAACACACACGGGAGAGAAACCCUUCAGGUGCAGUGUGUGCGGGAAGGCAUUUGCAAAGUCAUCUGCUCUUGUAUUACACAAGAGAACACACACGGGAGAGAAACCCUUCAGGUGCAGUCUGUGCGGGAAGGCAUUUGCAAAGUCAUCUGCUCUUGUAUUACACAAGAGAACACACACAGGAGAAAAACCCUUCAGGUGCACUCUGUGCGGGAAGGCGUUUGCACAGUCAUCAGAUCUUAAACGACACCAGAGAGCACACACAGGAGAGAAACCCUUCAGGUGCACUCUGUGCGAGAAGGUAUUUGCAUGGUCAUCAGAUCUUAAACAACACCAGAGAACACACACAAAAGAGAAACCUUUCAAGUGCACUGUCUGUGAGAAGGCAUUUGCAUGGCCAGCAGUUCUUCAGAACCACCAGAGAACACACACGGGAGAGAAACCCUUCUGGUGGGUGAAGUGGAGGGCCAUGUUCACUGCGUUGUCCACAGACCUGUUGGCUCUGUAG